AUGUUUCGCCUCCCAUCACCACCUCGGUUUACACUUCCGCCUCCUCCAAUGCUUCCGCCAGGUAUACUCACUUUAGAAAGUCUUCAAUUAACAUGUUCAUCUAUCGAAUUUCACCCAAAACCUAACUCGUUCUUACUCACAAGCAUUAUUCUGGUUUUGAUUGUCAUUCUUCUUAUUCUUUUAUACAUAUUUAUUCGAUAUUUAUUGAAAUUACAAUCUUCAACGAAUAGCGUCCAUCGAAAAGUCGUCUCUCCUAUAUCCAGACAUUCGUCAAUAGGUAGUUCUCGUUCUUAUGAGACCAUCUCAUCUGGCAUCUAUCUUGAAUCGGUCAAUAUCUCUCCAACAGCUGAUUCUCACAAUUUUAUUCGUAGUUGUUAUGAAUAA